AUGUCAGGUGAUUCCUGGCAAAAAGGUCCCUUAGGAGGGACGUUGGAGCACCAUAGAGAAAGGCACGCGGAAGGUACUGGCUGGGAACGGGGCAUGUCAAAUUGGGACGCUGUAAGGAAAGAGAUGCGAGUCGAGGAUUCGACUUUCCCAUCCACACUGUCAAUCUCCCAGCUGAACUCGUUGCAUCUACUACUGGAAUGGUGGGAAGGCGAAUGGCAAGACCGGUCAAUUAUGAUACGGACAGAAGAGGUCCUCGAGCGACAUGCGAAUAGCGAUGAGAGGGAUGAGAGAAUCCCUCAGGCGCUUGAUCUUGGCAUUUCUGCAUAUCAUGAAAGGCUUUUCAAUCUUCUACUAUAUGAAUUCUACUUUUACGGACAAAGCACCGCUGCUCCGAUUCAAUUGCGACGUCACCAAGCCUCAUUGAUUGCAGCUUGUCAGCGUCUGGCAAAUUCUGUCCUCAUGCUGCGAGAUCUUUCCACUUCAACUCCUGCGAUCAUUCACAAUCAUACCACAGAUAAAGUGUUGGACGCAGAGGAUGUCAGCCAACCGAAAGGGGCCAUUAUCGAGGCCUGCCCCUGGCUACCAGAAGACUCCAAAAGGGGAUUGCCUUAUUUUCUCUGGGACAUCAACGAGCAGAAGACUGUUCGUGUCGAUGAAUUAGAAAAUAGACCGGCAUAUACUGUCGUGAGCCAUACAUGGGGUCGCUGGCGAAUCCAAGACGAGGGAGCCAAUAUCCCAGGUGUUUCCUGGAAAGUCCCUCGAAAUACUAAGUUUAAUGUAGAGAAUCUACCAAACUUCAUGAAAACCCGUCAGUCAGAAUUUCUGCCGACUACAUAUCUAUGGUUUGAUCUUCUUUGCAUUCCACAAGAUGGGUCAGAGCUUGCAGACAUCGAAAUUGCGAGACAGGCAGCUAUCUUUGGUGGAGCCACAAGAGCAACGAUUUGGCUCAAUGACAUUGACGACUGGAGUGGAAUACAAUUGGGUCUCCAGUGGCUUGCUCUUCAGUACCUUCAAGUCAGUGCUCCGACGCUAUACGAUGUCGAAGCAACCCUGAAAGAAUUACAAGAAAGCCCGGAUUUUUCGACUGAACUAUUUGAAUCUUUUGAGCAUGCAAGUUCCACUACUGGGACAGGACAAAAGCCCAGCGGCUGGUUUACAUCUUUAUGGACCCUUCAAGAAUCAUUUCUCAGACCCGAGAUGAUAUUUUGUAAUCGUCAAUGGGAGAUAUUGAGGAUAUGUAAUCACCCAAAGGCGCCAGCUGUCACGUUGGACUCCAUACUAGCAUUAGUCGAUUUCGAGAAAAGGAAUGCUUCGAUUGAAAAUAUGGAAGACACGAUACCCACCGCCAACGAAAUCACAGCCUUGAUUCACCACACCCGAUUCGACUCCCUUCUUGAAUACAGCCCCCUGACAGCUUUGAACAUGGCUUCUCGUCGCCAAUGUUCUGAAGGACGAGCUGAAGGCAUCAUGUCAGUACUCGGUGCAACGUCUUGGUUCAAACAGACCAGCCGGAGUGAGAGGGAAAGCAAUCUCGUUUUUGCCCAGUACCCGAUUGACUUUCUGCGAGAGAUUCGGAAUGUGCUCGGGACCAACUUCUUCACCUCCUACUAUGGCAACUGUUGCUUCUGGGACAUCUUCAAACUCAAUGAGACAGGAGAAGUCGAUGUCAUAGUGGCGGGUACUCUCCUGCCAUUUGACAAUCUCCGCGAUGGGUCGAAAGUCAUCACACAGAUGAGCGCUGCCAAUGUCAUUGAUCAUCCUAGUACGUUCACCUGGCAGCUUGACGACGAAGGAAUAGUAGUCAUGCCCGAGGCCGCUGUCGUCGCAUCCACGGAAGAAGAUGACGGUUCCAGCUCAGGAAAUAGCAUUGUCGCAACAAUCACUGGACCCUCAGCGGAGGAUCAAACUCAAAUGGAUAUCGCACCCCAGACAGACAUGAAGCAAUGGAUGCAAAGCUGUUUCUCGGGCGUGCCUAAAUUUGCCCUGUGCUUGCAAUACAAUUUGAAAGGUUGGAGUCGCGGAGUCAUUUUGAUGCGAGUCUUUGAUGAUGAGGACCCACCGAAGACUCUCGCUAAGAUCGGCGACUAUUACACAGAGGCGACUGGCGACUACGUCGAGCCUUUAUCUCGAAAGGUGGAUUGGGAAGUGCUGUGA